AUGUCAUUACCUUUACGACACGCAUUGGAGAAUGUGACAUCUCCUGAAAGAGUACUAGAGGAUUUAUUGGUACGUUUCAUCAUAAAUUGUCCACCUGAAGACCUUUCUAGUGUUGAAAGGGAGCUUUUCCAUUUUGAAGAAGCAUCAUGGUUUUAUACUGAUUUUGUAAAGCUAAUGAAUCCUUCACUACCUUCAUUCAAGAUCAAGGCAUUUGCCCAACUAAUAAUAAGACUAUGUCCACUGGUUUGGAAAUGGGAUAUUAAAGCAGAUCAGGCAUUGCAAAAAUUUUCGAAAUAUAAGAAAACCAUUCCUGUUAGAGGAGCUGCUAUAUUCAACGAAAAAUUGUCGAAGAUUCUCUUAGUAAAAGGUACCGAAUCGGAUUCGUGGUCGUUUCCUAGGGGUAAGAUCUCUAAAGAUGAAAAUGAUAUAGAUUGUUGUAUUAGAGAAGUAAAAGAGGAAACAGGCUUCGAUUUGACAGAUUAUGUUGAUGAAUCACAGUUCAUUGAGAGAAAUAUUCAAGGCAAAAACUAUAAAAUAUUUUUAGUUUAUGGUAUACCUGAAGAUUUUGAUUUUAAGCCACAUGUUAGAAAUGAAAUUGAGAAGAUUGAAUGGAGGGAUUUUAAAAACAUUACAAGGACAAUGCACAAAACAAAUGUCAAGUAUUAUUUAGUGAAUUCAAUGAUGAGACCUUUGUCUCUUUGGGUAAGAAGACAAAAGCAGAUUAGAAACGAAGAUCAAUCAAAGAAAUAUGCCGAAGAACAGCUGAAAUUAAUGCUGGGAAUUACCAAAGAAGAGAAUAUAGAUCCUGGAAGAGAAUUAUUAAAUAUGCUUCAAUCUUCUGUACAUUUCUCCACAAAUUCCACCGACAGCGAUGAACAUAAUAGUAAUGAAGGUACUGAUGAUUCACCAAGAUUUGAUAAUACAGAGACAAGUACAAUCCCUAUCAACAAUUUCCAACAGCAACAACAACAAAGCCUUCCACCAUCAGUUUUUCAAGGGUUUCCCAUGCCAGUUAAUGGCAGUGGCUACCCUUCCCAAUUUCCUAUACUCCCUCCGCACUUGAUGAAUAUUCCAAACCAGCAAAGAGGAGUAUUACCAUUUAUUAACGGUCCUUUGCCAUUCAUGCCAUCGCAAUUUCAGCAUGCUAAUAUCCCUCAACAUUCUCAACCCUUGGUAGGGUCAAACCCGCCAGCGAUGUUUGCCAAUAUCAAUGGUAAAAGUCAGGAAUCUCAAUCGAAUGAUUUAGACAACCAAGCUGAAAAUUCCAAAGAGUUGCUGAACUUAUUGAGAUCAAAACCGAAGGAACAAGGCAAACCUAAAGAAACAAUAACAGCAAAGCCAAAAAUUAAAAUUUUGAAAAGAGGCGAAAACUUAUCAUUAAACAACCACCCACAAAAUGAUAGCAAUCAAAUGAUCAAUUCAUUGAAAAAUUUUAAAUUUGAAGAUUCUGGGAAUACACAACAUGGGAACAACAACUCACCAGGAGUUUUUGCUUCGAAUAAACAUUUUGAUAAUAACAGUAAUGGCGCAUCCUCUCAUUCAGAUGACGAUAAUUUGCCGGACGAGUCAUCAGAAAGUAUAUAUGAAGAUUUUGAAAGCAGUAGCGAAGGUACCAUUAGCUCAGCUGAAAGUGAUGAAUGUUCAGAAUUUGAGAAAUCCGAUGUCGAAGAAGCUGAACUCAAGAAAAUUGGCAGAGAUGAAGAAGACAAUAUUAGCUCUUCAGAAUCUGAAGUACUAAAGGGAAAUAAUUUUGGAGUUAAUAACGAGAUUCCUUCGGUAAUUCCUAAUUCGGAAAGUACACGCUCUGUUAAUGAAUCAAGCAGUGUUACCACUCAAGUAGCAGGGCCGAAGCCAAAAGUCAAAAUCUUAAAGCGUGGAGAAAUUCUGAACUCACCUUCUCCCGCUAAUACUCAAUUUACUGGAGCUCAUACUCAAUUUAAUGGAGCUAAUACUCAAACUAAUGAUAUAGCAUCAAAUCAAGGUAACCCAUUGCUUGAAAUGCUGAAGAAUCCUCAAAAUAAAGGUCAGAGAGAAACACUUAAGGCAGAUGAAUCUUUCAAGGGUGAUCAUGAUGAUAAUUACUCGUCACCAUUGAACUCAUCAGGUAAGAAUACCGACGAUUCUAAGGCCCUACUUGACAUUUUAAAACAACCCCACUCGACAAAGGCUGAGUCGCAAGCUAAUUAUUCGCAAUUCUUGAGCUCACCUCAGUUAUCACACGAUUCAACUGACUUAUUGAAUUUACUAAAAACGUCAAGUCAGAAUAUCGAGUCUAAUAACUCUACUAAUGAACCGAAGAAUAGUAACCCGCUGUUAGAUUUACUUCACAGGGGCCAAAAAAGUCAUGAGUCUCUUUCAACACAAACUGCCACUCCUGUCGAGACUUUAAAUAGCAACAACUACCCUAUGAAUAGCCAAUACCAAGAACAACUUUCAGAGCAUAGCUUAUCUUUGAAAGGUACUCAUGACACCGAUGCUAAUGAAGAAUUGAUCAAUAUGUUAAGAAGGAAUUCUGUGUUGAACACUUCAAACAUGAACUCUGAUAGCGAUUUCAAGAACUUUUCUCCGAUCAAUAGGGAUAUUUUGGCUACCCCAGUUGAAAACAAAAACCAGUCAUCAGCCACACUCCUUAAUAUUCUACAUGGAAGAAAAGAAAUGAAUAAUGCAUCUGCUGAAUUCUCAUUAGAUCCAUCUCAGCAUAAUAAUCGUGAACCAUAUGAAAAUCAAACAGCGUCCCAUGAUCUCCUAAAUAUGUUAAAGAGCCCAACCAUUGGACAUACAGAUGCGCAAAAGGAUAGCUAUAUGAACCCAUCCACAAAUAGCUUACCCCAACAUCAACAAUCCGGAACUCCAGUAAAUGAAUCUGCGUCGAAGAACCUCCUCAAUAUUUUGCAUAGAGGUUUAUGA